AUUUGUAUUGCGUCUAUGAUAAAAUCAAUAUCAGAUAUAGAAAAACUUCAAUUUUGCAACGUUUUAUUUCGGGAAAAUGAAAACGGAAGAAUUUCGGGGGCUACAAUCCAUUUUCGAGAAUCUAAGGAAACACAAUUAAAAACAAUUCAAUUUAAGAGUCUUACUGAUUAA